UUUUCAGAGAUAAUUUUCAAAAUAUGUUAGCUACCAACAGAGAUGAUCAAUGUCAAGUUAAAACGAAGAAAGUUUCGUUGCUCGAAAUGCCUCUGGAGGUUGCUAAUCUUGUUUUGGAAAAACUGGAGCUUAUUGAUUUGUUGAGAGCCCGAAAAGUGUGCACGGCUCUGAGAACUGCCGUUGAUAAACUUGGACCUCGUUUUGACGCCAUUUGUUUAACCCUACGGAAGGAAACACUCAAGUUGCAAUUUGACGAAAAUAUGAUCAGUUACACAGUUAAUAAUAGUACAGCUGUGUCUUACCAAAACCGGAAAAUUCUAAUUAAAGGGGAAAACUUCAUGAAAAUAAUGCUCAAGGAUUUGAAGAUAAUAUUGAAGCACGUAGAGAAAUUGGAAAUUGUUAAUCAGGAAGACAUUAUCUCGAAUUUCAUAGAGGCGUUGAAAACUGAAGUAUAUAUUCAAGUAAAGCAUAUUUCAUUUUGGAAGUUCCCCCUUAAAACUGUAAUUCUACUACUCCCAUUUUUCAAUGCCCCGGAACAAAUUAUAUUGUGGAGUCCUGGGCUUCUUGAUCGAUUCGAAGACUUAAUUAAUUUGGAGCAAUGGAAAAUUGCAAAAAGAAUGCAUAUUUAUGAUUCUGUACUUAUCAGUAGACAUAUUGUUCAUCUAUUUCAUUAUGAGGAGUUCGGUAUCGUCAUCACUGAUUUUCCAAGCCAAGUCGCAGUUCAAAUAAGAGAUGAUCUCAUGAGAAGAAGUACAUUUCAAAGAUGCAAUAUAUUCUGUUGCGAGUCAAAAUCAGACCCAAUUGGAAUUGCAAAAAUAUUCCAGCCGGACUAUACUGGUGGUAGUUAUUUUGAAUUCGAAUAUUCAGAUGAUAUCAAUAGUUUUGUGGUUAAUUGUGAAUAUUAUCGCGAGGGAAUCAAGUUUUCUGUGAGGAAAUGUUGAAAAUUAAUACUCUUUCAUUUGUUUCUUUUGUAAUUGUAGAGUUUUUUUUUAAAUAAAGGUUGCAGAAUUUGUAAU